CCCCGAAUAACAGUCAUUGGACCAAUCGAUUUGAAUAGAAAAGAGGUGACGUAUACUUGAGCUGUCAGCGUCAGACAAACACAACUUUAAUUGUGUUUGACACACCUUUGCUUUUUAAAUUCACAAUGGCUCCUGUGUGUUGCUUAUUGACGGUUUAAAAGACACAAGCAAUAUCUCAAUAAACACCUAAUGCACUGAGGCUGACAGUCCAAAACUGCUAAACUUGCUAAAGCUAACUUCUUCACUGGUCUUUUGUGAGGGGUUUCAGCGCCGUUACCAAGCAACCAGCACCGCUUCUUCACGCUGCCAGGCCGGGUCCAGACGGUCAGCGCUGCCGUGUAAACUACAUUAUUAAUGAUGCCGCAGAAACUAAACCUGUCUGUGAAGCCAUAUGUCAAGAAAGAAAGAGGGAGAAAUGCUGUAGCUGGUUUCAAGAUGAUGUCAGGAGCAGGAGGACGGCUGUGGACCGGAUCAACUUAGAACUAAAGAGCCGAAGGACCAGUUUACAACCACAAGAAAGUGUCCAUGGAGGGAGACCCAGAGGAAUCACAUGAGGAUGUUCAGGGCGAUGACAAGCCCACUGUGCUCUGGGAGAAGCACUUUGAGCAGAGCAUCUUUGUGGACCUCAGUGAGGAUGAAAGUCUGCACUUCAGUGAUCUGGAGAGUUCUUUAGCUUUACAACUGUCCCAAGCAGAGUCUGCUGCCUCUGAAGCCAGCAUCCAUCUCAGUGGGAGCGCAGAGCUGUCGCCCUUAAAUGACACCUCCUCAGAGAUCAGCAGCGUUAGCAAUCAGAGUGUGAGCGUGGAAAAGAGCAAAACUAGAAGCAGCAAACUGCAUGUGUCUGUUCAAAGACCAAACACCAUGAAUGACCAGGGGUAUGAGGACACGGGGCAAAAUACCAGCGAUGAGGAUCAGGAGGACCUGCCUUUUGAUGGUGACCUGGGAAGCCCCUACUUCAACCAGACAGGAAGCUCCGAGGAAAAUGAAAACUCGGAUGGAAGAUGCACUGUUCAUGCAAGCCCUGAGCUUCCUGGUGUGUUUGAAUUGCUGCCAGAAGAUGCCAGCUGCAAACAGGAGAACGUUUUAGAAGCUGCCCAGCCAAGUGUGGUUGCUCUACCGUGCCCUGGUCCUGCAGACAUUAACCAGGUGUUGCUGCGACACUUUUCCCAGGAGGAGCUGCUGCGACCGGGCAGACUGAUUGAGGCAGAGACCCUGCCGGAGGUGUCUCUGCUGGAGAGCGUGGACGACACUCUCUUUAGCUCGGCUCCAACAUACAACAGUGCAGCUGUUCGUAGUAACCACACAGACAGCUAUCAUGAAGAGAGUAAUAUUGCAUCACAAAAUGCAAGUUUAAAAGAGGAGACACAAAAGAAAACUGAUCAUUUUACAUCUGCUGCUGCUGACAACGAUAUGUCGGAGUCUGUAAGUACAGAGUCAAACCAGUGUAGUGGGGAUGUCAGUGCUGGAGCAGUGAAGGAAGAAGGGGCGGAAGAGGAUGAGGAGGUGCAGAGAGUCCCUCUGCUGCGAACAAGAUCCUUCAUUGAGAUGAAGUACGGCCAAGGCCAAGUUCACUACCCCCUUCCUGACUUCUCCAAGGUGGCCCCUAAGGUAAAAAUCCCCAAAACUCCAAGUGGACCAACUAGAUCUGUACCUCAGUGCCAGAGCACCAUGCACAGAGCCCAGUCUUCUCCAAUGAUGCUAGAUGUGAUCAGUAGAGUCCUGGAGGAUUCAGUCCAGCCAUCAGAGAAGCCAUAUGUCUUCAGAGAUGAUGACAAACAGUCUCCUCCAGCGCUGGUGCAUCACCUGCAGACUGAAUAUGAUAAAUUACUAACCAAGUACGCCGAGGCAGAGAACCUCAUAGACCAAAUGAGACUGGGAACCAGUGCUCAGCCCUCCUCAGACCUGAUGCUUGAUUUAGAGCACGAUGCUGACGACCUUGAUGCUGAUCAGGGCGAGUUAGUGGAUGGAAGCCAUCUUGGAGCUCCUCACCUUUCACCGCCAGAAAACUUAAGUAAAAAGGUAGAAACAGCUCUCAGCAGCGCUGUUAAGGAGGCGACCACAGCUUCCUCAAGCCAGCCUCAAGAUGAUCCCAGUGACGGGGAGAGAAUGACCUCUGAGCUAAGAGACAUCAUCAGCCAGUUUAUGCAAAAGGUGCAAGAGUUCAAAUUCAGUGUAAGCACCAAGUCUACAAGCACAGAAGAACAGCAAAUGAUGCUGAGGAGCAUGAUGGAGGCUCAGGACCAGCUAGAAAGGAAAUACAUGAGUAAGAAGGAUGAGCACAGAGCUCUGGAGAUGCAGAACUACAUGGGCCUGUCCAGGAACACUGGAACCUUCGACCCAAACAGACUAGUGGAGGGAGACAUAUUCAGGAUAGGGAUGCACCUUGAAGACAUAAAGGAGAUGAUAGACAAAAACGUGUGUGAGCAAAUUUCUCCACCCCACUCAUCGUCCACUCCCACACCUGUAACAGCGUCACAGCACGUGAAGUCCAGUCCUCUCUGCAUGCCCAUGUUUUUAUCUCCGCCAUCCCUGCAUGAGGGGCCAAGUGCAGGUUUUUCCACUGUGAGUGAUGAGGUGGACGUACAGAGAGAAGAAAAAGGAGAAGAGGAAGAGGCCAGUGAGGUCCAUAUAAAUGGUGGACUAGACCAAAGAAGUGAAUUCGUCACUGAUGACCUCUUAAUGAACAAUUCUGGACGUAACAACCAUCAUUCACGGGUCUCACUGGACUCUCUGGAGGGACUGAGCGUCCACACAGCUGAAGAUGAGGAAGGCAAUGAAGAGAAGAGGAGCUCUGUUCUGUCAGAGGUGAUCGAUCACAGGGGCGUCUUAGCAAAGCGGGAUGGAACCAGUUCAGCAUCGAGACAGAGGCAGCAGACAGUCGGCAGCUCAGUGUUGUGUUGUAGCACCCUGGAUGGUGUCCUGAACCUAAAGGGUGAAUGUGAUCUGGGUGAUUGUGUGAGUCUGGCAGUGGAGGUUUCCAGCUCGUCUGAUGCACUCAGAGACUCAGACAGCCUCUCAGAGCCUCCUCUCAACACCUCACAGAGGAUUGUGAGUCCAGAGACAGACAGUGGAUUUGGGAGCUCCUACUUGAAUCAAUCGGCCUCUGGAUCAUUUCAACCAAAUCUCCUCUCACAAAGCGGGCACUCCCAGAAUGAAAGUGUAAGCAUCUCAGACAGUGAGGGCUCCUGCUCCAACCUGCAGACGACCAUCCAUUCAGCUGCCCUGCCCGGCCACCAGUGGGCCGACACCCACCCUUCUGUCCAAACACAGCACUGUGAAGCAGCAGCUGCAGUGGAGCUGUGGGUGGAGAGCACCACUAAGGAGCCUUCAGGCUGCCUGCAGGGAUCUGACCAAAAUCUGCCUGCCCAGCUUCAUCUAUCUCAGCCUCUACUCAGCUCAGCCAUGGAUACUGAAGACAGAAGCAACCCGCUGUACUCCUGCUCUUGUAAUAAUGAGGCUAUCCUGGCCUUACAGUCAGAGGUCUCCAGGCUAAAGAAGGACCUGGAGGUGGGCUUAGUCCAGCUACCGCAUUUAGAACAAAAGAUGGACUACCUCACCUCAAAAUACAAACAGGAGCGUCAGGAGCGCAGGUCUAAAACUAGAAUUCACCAGAAACCAGGAUGUAACAGUGCGGGGAAGUCAAGCAGCAGAAGUGUGAGUAACUUCAGAUCCAGUCAGGUGAAGAUAGAAGACUGGAUCUCAUCAGAUAUGGAUCCCAGCAAGAGCAAAGCAGCCAUCAUGAAGAGUUUUUACUCCAAGGACAGAUGGGAUCUUCUCUCCUCUCCGUCCCUCCAGAAGCCUCUCCUUCAGGUCAGCUACAGUUCCUCCAGCAGUUUGCCAGCCAGCUACAAAAUGAGGGAGCCACCACUGCAGCCAACGUCCCACUAUAGAAAACGUUCCACUCAGUCAGACUCAGCGCUCCUGCCCAGCAACGUCUACUUCCAGCGGACACUGUCUCCAGCGUCAGUGGCCUCCAAGACCGGCAGCAGGACGAGCCGACGCAGCAGGAGCAAGGAGGAAGACAUGAACAAGACUCUGGAUCAGGCUAUCGAGGUGGCUCGCAGCAUGAAGAGGACCACUGACCGCAUGGCCAGGAGACUGUCUGCUGACCUGGCUAAAGCUCAGCUACACAGAAAACUGCACAACAUGCAGCCACUGGGGGGCAGAAAACACCAGGAUUUAUAAAACGCAGAGAACUGAUCAGUUUAAACCGUUAUCAGAAUUCCAUACACAGCCUGGGGCUCAUGUAGCAUAUAUUUUAAUAAUAAUUACAUCUCUGAUUUUGAGUUAUUUAAGGACAUACAUCUGUACUCAGUUUGUUAGGGUCCGAGCACCGAUGGUGUUGAAGGACCCUAUUGAAACUGUAGGGUUUCUUUUUCUUCUUCCUCACUCUUUUCCCAUCUUUUCAAACUCCACUUUGGCAGCUCAAAUGUGUCAAACUUUGCACGCACAUCAGGACUGGUGAAAAAUUUGAUAUUUUAUGGGAUUUGCACGUGUGUGGCAAAAUGGCUCCAUAGCGUCCCCUGUAAAAUUGAAAAAGUGGUCAUUAGGCCAACUGCCACAAUGUUUCAUUUACAGCCACAAUAUUUAGGGGGCAUAUGCAGCACAUCAAGACACACGAAAAAGUCAAUCACGUCCACACCCUAAACCCAACAGGAAGUCGGCCAUCUUGAAUUAGCUGUAAAUUUUUUCUGAUUAAUAACUCAUCGGGGGUAAGUCCGAGACACCUUAAAUUUGGCCAGUAUAUGCAACAGUCCUUCCUGAUGAAAAUUUAUCAAAAUGCUCUGCAAAAGUUUUAGGGAGUGGCCAUGGCGACUCCCAAAAAUAUUGUUCCUUUGCCAUCAAACAGGAAGUGGUGUCUAAUUCGCCUGAACAUGCUCCAAUCUGCCUGAAAUUUUACAUGUAUGAUCAGAGUCCUGCCUUGACGACAUCCAUGUAGUUAUAUACAGUCACAGUCAUAGAGCCACCUUGUGACAUCAGUAAAUACACAUUUUUUUACACUUUGAUGUACUAUUGUCAGCAAGUUGAUCAGAUUCACCUUAAAUUUGGUGACAUAAGCCUAAACACAUUGAUGAUGAUUCCCAGAGAAAAUGGUGACUCGUCAUCAAAGGGCGUGUCUGUGGUGGCGCGGCGAAUUUCGAUGUUUCGCCAUGAAAAUUGAAUUAUUUAUAUCUCAGCUGCACAUGGUUCAAUCUGGACCAAACUUCAUAUGAUGGACAUCAGUCCGGGUCUGAACCCAUCCACAGGUGUGUUUGUUUACAGUAUUUCUAAGCUUCUGUUGAAGAGCAGCAACGGGACUUUAUUCCAAAUAUUGGCAGCCAUCGACUAUGUGCUGAAAAUAAGGCUGCUGCAUUGAGCAGUAAAGCCAAGAGCAGGGUCAAAUGCUAAAUAAGAGGAAGCUGGCACUGGAGACACCCAGGGGAAGCUUUCUCCUCUGUGUCCUCACCCCACCCCACCUUCAUGCCAAACCUCCAUGACCUAGGCCAAGAUCAAUAACGCAGUUGGACGGAUGGACUGUAAAUAGAGACGAUGGAUCCUGCAGAGGAGGAAGCUUUGACCACUGAUGGCCUCCGACUGGAGCGGCAGCAUCUGAUCCAAGUUGAACGUCGAUGGCUGUCAGUUCGCUCAUGACAGAUUUUUAGAUCGUGUUGUUGGAACUGUUGUGGAAAUCUUGAUGAGUCGCAGAAAAAACAGUCGAGGUGCAACAGUAUUUGUAGAUAGAUAGAUAGAUAGCUAGAUAGAUACUUUAUUAAUCCCGAUGUAAAUUCAACGGAGAUCAAACCUUAGCUGGUUUGUUUCACUGGCAAGACUGCUGAAAAAAAAUGCAUGUGAAAGAAAAACUGCUGAGCUGAUACACUGAUUGAAUGGGUGAAGUCUCAAUAUAAUCCAUCCCUGCAGCGUAAAUCUGAGCAAGAUUUAUAUGUUUUUUUGAAUGAGGAAACCAACAAGUUUUACACUUUUGUAUAAACCAAAUCCGCAGAUAGUAUCUUGUCACUCGAGUUAAUAUAUCUUUGGUGAAAACAAAAGCAUUACUCACCCACAUUUACACAGCGUGCAUAUCAAACACAGCACUUGGGGUAAAUGCAGGAUGUGUUAGUCAAAAUUCUGCUCAUCUCUCAUGUGUGACAGAUCACAUUUUAGUAUAUAAACCGGCCCAUUACCACCUCUAAGUUACAUACAUCAAGCUUCAGAAUGUACUGAACCUGGAACCGGCCAGCUGCUCAUAUUAAUCAAACAGCCCACUUCCCUUUAUGACACCAAGCAAAUAGUCAUAAAUGCUCUUAUCGGCCUUUCUAAUAGUGUGGACGUUACAAUCAGAUUCAUGGUGGCAUAAACUAUUACAUUUCAUCUUUAUAACAUCCAGCGAUCACUUCUUUUUCACGGGCCUCGUUUAUAACGGCCGGACAGCUUGUUACAUAAUGAAAUUCAAAGCACUCUAUCGACCAGGGAGAUCUCGCACUCCGUUUACUUAUAUUUACAUAUAUUUUGUAUUCCCACUACGGGCAAACAGGCAUAAUGAAUGUAUGGCCCUGCUGGGACACAGAGCUGGUCUGAGAUCAGGCAACUUCCAGGCUCUACUGUAAAGUCUGGAGAGGGAACAUUUUAUUCCAUUUUAUCUCAACGUGACAAAUAAGGUACCUAGCUAGCUGUACAACUCAGUACCUGAAGCUUUACAUGUGUGAUCAGAGUUCUGCCUUGAUGACAAUCACAUGCAGAUAUUCAGCCAAAGUCAUAGCGCCACCUGGUGGAUGGAAGGAAAUGCUCUAUAACUAGCUGUACAUGCUCCGAUCUGCCUGAAGCUUUACAUGUGUGAUCAUAGUCCAGUCCUGAUGGCAUCAAUUGGCCCAAAUACACUCUUAGUCACAACGCCACCUGGUGGACAUGCAUGGAUUCGCCGACCAGCAAGGAUACGAGGACCCGUCCAUCGCUGCUUGCAGCUUUAAUUUUGUUUUGUUUUUCUGCAUGUUUCUAUAUUUAUUAAAGACACAGAAGCCUAAAAUUGCUUGAAGCACUCUGAAAAAUUCACAUUUUGGUACAAUAUUGCCUGUGUAUUUUGAGGUUUGAGUUGAUAUUUUUUUGCUAAUGAACAGUAUUUUGUUUGUAUGUUACCAAAAAAAUUCAAUACAUCCACUGUAUCCACUACAGUAGGCUAAAUGACUAAGUCAGUAAUGUAUGCAUUUCAACGAGGCUAAAUUCUGUCCACUUGAGAGCAACAGUAACCAUUACAGUACAAUGUGACUCAGCAAUAAACCUAAACUUGAUGUUUUUA